AUGGAUGCCGACACGGAUCUUUACAUGUGCAUUGCGGCGGCAAUACAGGAUGGUCCCCAAGGGAAGAGUUUCGAGGAAGUCCGUAUAGACAAUUACCUAAAAGCAUACACGACAACAGGUCACCCACCCCUCCCUUGUCCCCAGAUACCGACCGCACCGCACGAACGCGCCGCCCUGGGUCUCCCACCGCUCUUCGAGCCUCAACGCCUCCCGAAGCAAAAACCGGCAGAGCUACCGGAUUUCCACGUGUGGGAGCAGACGCGCGUGUCGGAAGAAAACUUCCAGUCGAUUGUGGCAGCUCCGAGGUAUGUUGGGUACAGCCCUGAGGAAUUGCGUUGUCAAGCGUAUGAAAAGGGAAAUAAAGUACUACCUCCGUCCAUGGCUUCCGCUUUCUCCUUUAGCUCCGUGUCCCCUACCCAAACCACCGUGCCGUCUAUGCAGAGUACCUUGCCGUCUAUACCAAGCACACUGUUACCUACGCUGCCACUUAUCCAAAGUACAGUGGCUCCUAUUCAAAGCGCACUCUUACCGGACGUCAAUGGAGAGGUUUUUGCAAGCAUAACGGCCCAGAAUACCUAUUCGCACCAUAGUUUUGAAGAGCUCCGUGUUGCGUAUCUUCUAGCUGGCAAAGAGAUGACAUCUACUGAGAUCAUCAAUGCUUCGACGGCACCUGUUGUCCCUACUCGGCCGGCGCUUCGUCUGUUCUGA